GGCCUUUGUGUCACCCAACAAUGAUGGCACCACAGCACCACAGCCGGGGAACGCAUCAUUGUUCACUGUGGCCAAUGGAAACACAGCAAAGAGACGUUUGUGUGAUGUGUGAUUUUCUGUGCCUGUGAACAGCGAUGUAGAGACUGAACAUCUGCUCUGUGACGAGGGGACAGUAAGGGAACGUCAUUAAAAGAGAGAGCCAAUCAGACGGAAGCUGUUUGGAUUUAUGCCAGGGUUUUUAGGCUUGUAAGACCCAAGUACAAGUGGCAAAAGUCUGUUUGUUUUUUUUUAAAUAGAAAAAGUCAGGUGAGACGAGAUGCCCUACACACCGUCUGGCUUUUUCUGUGACCGGUUGAUCCGGGAACGAGAGAGGAGAGACGGAGAAGGUUCUCUGAACAAACCACUACGCUUCAAUGGUCAGGACUUCAACACCCUGAGACAGGAGUGUCUUCAGAAGAAGAGUCUGUUUGAGGAUGACUCUUUCCCGGCCACUGUGGAGUCUCUGGGCUUCAAAGAGCUCGGACACAAGUCGAACAAGGUCAAGAACAUCGUCUGGAAGAGGCCCAAGGAAAUUUGUGAGAAUCCACAGUUCAUUGUGGGAGGAGCCAGUAGGACAGACAUCUGCCAGGGAGAUCUAGGUGACUGCUGGUUGUUGGCCGCUAUCGCUUGUCUCACCCUGAACGAGAAGCUUCUCUACCGUGUUGUUCCUGCAGAGCAAAGCUACUCAGAGAGAUAUGGCGGCAUCUUCCACUUCCAGUUCUGGCGUUACGGUGACUGGGUGGAUGUCGUCAUCGACGACCGCAUCCCAACCGUCAACAACCAACUGGUCUUCACUAAGUCCGCAGAGAGAAACGAGUUCUGGAGUGCCCUGCUGGAGAAAGCCUACGCCAAGCUUCACGGCUCCUAUGAGGCCCUCAAGGGUGGAAACACCACAGAGGCCAUGGAGGAUUUCACCGGUGGAGUCACAGAGUUCUACGAGAUGAAGGAGGCUCCCAAAGAGCUUUACAAAAUCAUGAAGAAAGCUCUGGAGAGAGGCUCCCUCAUGGGCUGUUCUAUCGAUUCUCUGGUUCCCGCUCGCCUUGAGACUCGCACCGUGACUGGACUUGUGAAGGGUCACGCCUACUCUGUGACAGCAGUGGAGGAGUGUAAAGCGUCGCAAGCGUCCAAAGUUCGUCUGGUGCGUCUCAGGAACCCGUGGGGUCAAGUGGAAUGGAACGGUCCCUGGAGUGACAACUCUAAGGAGUGGACCUCACUGUCCAAGAAUGAAAAAGAUAAGCUACAGCACCAGAGUGCCGAGGACGGCGAGUUCUGGAUGUCAUUUGAGGAUUUCAGGAAGAACUACACCAAGAUCGAGAUCUGUAACCUCACACCUGAUGCUCUGGAGGACGACAAGAUCCACAAGUGGACGGUUUCUAUGAACGAGGGACGCUGGGUGAGAGGCUGCUCCGCCGGAGGCUGCAGGAACUAUCCAGACACUUUCUGGACAAACCCUCAGUAUCGCCUGCGUCUGCUGGAGGAAGACGACGAUCCCGAGGACAGCGAGGUGGGCUGCACCUUCGUCGUGGCGCUGAUGCAGAAGAAUCGGCGGAAAGAACGCAAGAUGGGAGCAAAUCUCUUUACCAUUGGAUUCUCCAUCUAUGAGGUGCCCAAAGAGAUGCACGGGAACAAACAGCACAUGCAGAAGGACUUCUUCCUCAUCAACGCGUCUAAAGCUCGCUCCAAGGCCUACAUCAACCUGCGCGAGGUGACCCAGCGUUUCCGCCUGAGCCCGGGAGAGUACGUCAUCGUUCCCUCCACGUACGAGCCGCACCAGGAGGGAGAAUUCAUUCUGAGAGUCUUCUCAGAGAAGAAGAACACCUCAGAGGAGAUAGAGAACAGGAUCGAGGCCGAUCAUCCAGUGCCGGCGCCAGCGUCAGCAGGAGAAGAGAGCGAGGACGACCAGCAGUUCAGGAGCAUUUUUCAGGAAAUAGCCGGAGACGAAAUGGAAAUCACUGCAAAUGAACUGAAAAAUGUUCUCAACAGAGUGAUCAGCAAACAUAAGGACCUGAACACUGAGGGCUUCAGUCUGGAGAGUUGCAGGAGCAUGAUUGCUCUGAUGGACGUAUCCUUUAUGGACGGGACGGGUCGACUCAAUCUGCAGGAGUUCAGACAUCUGUGGAAUAAGAUCAAACAGUGGCAGGGAAUCUUUAAACACUACAACGCUGACCAGUCUGGAAGCAUCAACAGCUACGAGAUGAGGAACGCCAUCAACGAUGCAGGCUUCCGUCUCAACAACCAGCUGUACGACAUCAUCACCAUGCGCUACGCUAAUGAGAACAUGAACAUCGACUUCGACAGCUUCAUCAGCUGCCUGGUGCGGCUCGAAGCCAUGUUCAGAGCGUUCCAGGCCUUUGAUCAGGAGGGAGACGGUACCAUCAGACUCAGUGUUCUGGAGUGGCUCCAGUUGACCAUGUACACCUAGAAAGGCUCCUCCUCUCCCAGGUGAACUCCACUCCACACGAGGACCAGACCUGCCAGCUUUUACCUCAACAUUCAGUGUCAUCCACCUCAACUCACCGCCUCCAUUUUAGCUUCUCUCUUUUCAGGCCUGUAACAUUUCCUUCUCUGCUUCCAUGAUCAUGAAAAUAUCAGUCUCCUUUGCUUUGUUUUUCAUUUUCAAUUUUCUUUUUGAACACACUUUUACCAUGUAUCGUACUUUUCUCAGGCAUCAAACACACACAACCUCCUUUUCCUCAGUCACGAUACCUCACAAGCUUCUCCCACAUUUCACUGUUCAACUAGAGCAGCACAGGCAUCUUCUCCCGUCUCUGCUGGACCAUGAAUGGACAUAGUCACUCCAACGCUGACCACUUUUCAUUAUCUCCGUCAAUAAAACACACCUGGACUUGUUGUUGGCCUAGCGUAGCAUGUUGGCGACAAUGUGGCAGUCACUCAGCUCUGCACCUGUGGAUGGAUGAGACUCCAGAACCAAAACUAUGGAGCUGAGACUUCUAACCUUUGAUUAGCACCAAUGUUGUUAAAGGUUCAACAAUGGAUUUGAGAUAAAUAUGGCUACAGGGGUUUGACUGCAGCUUUUUGUGAUUUUUCUUAUUAUGGCUUUGGUCUAUUGAGUGUAUACUGCAUUUUUAACCUUUUCAAUCUAAUAAACAAACAAUACCGGUCUA